GAGGAACGCUUCCUUCUCAUCAUCUCUCACUCACACAUUCUUUCCCCUCUCCUGUCUCAUAAUAUAUUCAGGAAGGAGCAGCAGUGUUGGAUCAGCAUUCCUAUUCCUCAUUUACGGUAGCUGCUAGCAGUAGAGGAGUACUUCUAUGGUGUGUUGUAAUCUGCAGUUUUGGACUUGGAUCGUUUCUGAUUAUAGAGGAAGGCGCCCUUCUGAAGAAAGUGGGGGUCUCGGCAAUGGGUGGCAGCAGGGAGGAAGGAGGCACUAGGUGCCGCUGGCGUUAUUGGUGGUGGUUGGUGUUUGUACUAGGAGGAUUUGGCACCAUGGCAAGAGCGGCUGCUCCAAAAGGAGCUGGUAAUAGUGAAACCUUGCCUGACUCCAUUCCAUCGGCACCUGGUACACUGCCGCAAUUCCAGGCUGAACCAGAAGAUGCAUACAUCAUCAAAACAAAUCCCAUCAUCCUUCGCUGCAAAGCCACACCUGCCAUGCAGAUUUUUUUUAAGUGCAAUGGAGAAUGGGUUCAUCAAAAUGAACAUGUGUCUGAGGAGAGCGUGGAUGAAAGCUCAGGUUUAAAGGGUCGAGAAGUGAUGAUCAAUGUGACAAGACAACAGGUAGAAGAUUUUCAUGGUCCAGAAGAUUACUGGUGUCAGUGUGUUGCAUGGAGCAAUUUAGGAACUUCAAAGAGCAGGAAAGCCUUAGUCCGUAUAGCCUAUUUAAGAAAGAACUUUGAAGAGGAUCCUCAAGGAAAAGAGGUUCCAAUUGAAGGAAUGAUUGUACUUCACUGCCGCCCACCUGAGGGAGUUCCACCAGCAGAAGUUGAAUGGUUGAAGAAUGAGGAACCCAUUGCUUCCCUUUCGGACGACAAUAUUGACACAAGGGCAGAUCACAACCUCAUUAUUAAACACGCUCGUCUUUCAGAUUCUGGAAACUACACCUGUCUGGCUGAAAAUAUUGUGGCAAAGAGAAGAAGUGGAUCAGCUACAGUUAUAGUUUAUGUUAAUGGUGGGUGGUCCUCCUGGACAGAAUGGUCUGCUUGCAGUGUGCGCUGUGGUCGAGGGUGGCAAAAGAGAACUCGAACAUGCACCAAUCCAGCCCCACUUAAUGGCGGUGCAUUUUGUGAAGGAAUGUCAGUACAGAAGAUCACUUGUACUUCCCUCUGUCCAGUUGAUGGUAGUUGGGAUAUGUGGAGUGAAUGGUCUGUUUGCAGUCCAGAGUGUGAACAGCAACGAAUUCGUGAAUGCACAGCCCCACCACCAAGAAAUGGAGGACGAUUCUGUGAAGGAGCAGUGCAAGAAACUGAAAACUGCACUGAUGGACUCUGCAUACAAAAUAGAAAGCUGCUUCAUGAAAUAAAGCCUCAAAGUAUCGACACAGCUAGUGAUGUGGCGUUAUACUCUGGCCUUGGGGCUGCCGUAAUCGCGGUAGCCAUUCUAGUGAUUGCAGUUACUCUGUACAGAAAGAGCCAGAGUGAAUACGGAGUAGAUGUCAUUGACUCAUCAGCCCUAACAGGAGGUUUCCAGACAUUUAAUUUUAAGACCGCCCGUCAAGGAAAUUCACUGCUGCUAAACCCAUCAAUGCAGCCUGACUUGGCAGUGAGCAGGACAUACAGUGGUUCCAUCUGUUUCCAGGAUCCUUUGGACAAGGAACUCAUGACAGAGUCUGCACUCUUCAAUCCCUUGUCUGACAUGAAGGUCAAAGUACAAAGUUCAUUUAUUGUUUCGCUGGGAGUUACUGACAGACCAGAAUACCAUGGAAAAAAUUUUGCGGGUACAUUUCCUCAUGGAAAUAACAGAGAUUUCACCACAACCAUUGCAAGGAGUAAUAGUCCAUACAUACAGAAUCUCACAUCUCUGCCCAGCAGACUUGAACAUAGGACUUCUGGCAUUUUUGGUCAUUUGGGAGGAUAUUUGUGGAUACCCAACACAGGAGUGAGCUUGUUAAUUCCUCAAGGAGCAAUUCCUGAAGAAAGUUCAUGGGAAAUGUACAUGAUGAUUAAUCAAGGAGAACCAAGUGUUCAUUCAGAAGGUGAUGAAGUGCUGUUGGGACCUGAAGUCUUAUGUGGCCCUCAAGAUGUUUUGUUAUCCAGUCCGGUUGCUUUGACAAUACCACAUUGUUCUGAUACAAACCAUGAGGACUGGAACAUAAAACUUAAGAGAAGGACCUGGCAGGGGAAAUGGGAGGAAGUUGGAUCCGUGGAGGAUGAGAUAACCUCUUGCUACUGUUUGUUGGACACACAUUUUUGUCAUAUUCUUUUGGACACCUUAGGCACUUAUGCCAUUGUGGGGGAGCCUUUAAAUGAAUGUGCUUCCAAACAAAUAAAAGUGGCUGUCUUCGGUUGUUUGUCAUGCAACUCAAUGGAUUACAAUCUGAGGGUUUACUGUAUGGAUAACACUCCAAAUCUUUUUCAGGAUGUUGUUAUUGAUGAACAAAAUCAGGGAGGACGGCUAUUAGAAGAACCGAGGUUACUGCAGUUUAAAGGAAACACCUUUAGCCUUCAAAUUUCCAUUCUUGAUAUUCCACCAUUCCUUUGGAGAAUUAAACCAUUUACUACAUGUCAGGAAGUUCCCUUUUCUCGCUUGUGGUGUAGUAACCAGCAGCCACUGCACUGUGCCUUUUCCCUCGAGAGGUAUAGCCCUGCUACAACUCAUCUUUCUUGUAAAAUAUGUGUUCGGCAGAUCAAAGGUCAUGAACAGAUCCUACAAAUUCAGACAUCUGUGUUAGAGUGUGAAAGAGAUGCCAUUCAGUUUUUUGCACAGGAUGACUGCACGCCAAGUCCACCGUCUGGCCCCAAAGCCUUCAGUAUUCCGCACUCCAUAAGGCAGAGGAUAUGUGCCACAUUCGAUACACCAAAUGCCAAAGGCAAAGACUGGCAGCUUUUAGCACGGAAACUUAACAUUGACAGAAACUUGUCAUAUUUUGCAACGCAGCAGAGUCCAUCUUCUGUAAUACUGGACCUGUGGGAAGCCCGACACCAAUAUGAUGGUGAUUUGGACUCUUUGGCCUGUGCCCUUGAAGAAAUAGGACGGAUACAGUCAAAGCUAUGUAUCACCUCAGAACCUCAGACUGAUGAAACAGACUUUAACUACAGCAAAGAAAAUGGACUUCAGUAGCUCCUAGACCUACAGACUAUGGCCGGCUUUUGUCUCUUUCUCAUACCUGCACAAUCCCUUUCAUAAAUGGAGUGGGAAAAAGCAGAUAACGUGUACUGCUUUCCGACAGAUUUUUUUUUCCUUCCACCACUGUAUUUUAAACUAUUAUCAGAUUACUUAAACUCUGACUUUCUAUGAAAGUCAUCUUUUUAACAUACAUGAAAUAUAAGUAAUAUUAAAAGGUGAAUAAUGGCACAGAGAAAAUGCACUAGCCUUCACUGCAAGUAAAUGGCAGCAUCACCCAUUUUCUAGAACCUUCUUUACACAGUCUGAUAACAAAUGGAUUCUCAAACAAGCAUGUACUGUUUAAAUGUUCAUUGAAAUAGAGUGUGGUAUAAUAUAGCCCUUUGUUACCUCCACAUGCAAAUCCAAACACCACGCCAGAAAGAGCAGCAGCAGAUGGUUAAGUCCUAAUUUUUAGAGGGUUGGGAGGCUACAUGUCAUUGUUUCAAACAGAAGUGCUUAAUUAUAUUUUUGGCUGCUGCAUUCACACUGGACUGAAGCAGAAUUUGUUAUUUUUUUGUCAGAUUCUUCAGGUUUCUUGAUAAGAGAUUAUGAACAUUUUCUUGUGUCCUUUUUCUUUCAAAAGUCAGCUAUGUAAAACAAGCUAUAGUUACACCUGUUUACCAUGAAGUGUAUGCAGAAUACAAUAUAUUAGCACUUUAAGGCAGAGCUGUAGCAAAAGAAUUUAGUACUGUUGGCAGCAGCAUGCCCAUAAGUAACCCCAUUGUCUAUAAGCAAAUUGUAAUGGCAACUAUUUAGCAACAGCUUGUAAACUGUCAAAUGAAUAAAUUGGCAAAUUUACAAGCUAUCAUUAGGCAGUAGAAAAGGUGACAGCUUACAAGCUGUCAUUAAACAAUAAUGAUCUCAUAACUGAAAGGUUGUAAGCUUCCCAUUGUUGUUUUGUUAAACAUUUACUCUAUCCUUGCUAUGGUAUUGUUUUAAUGUAAGACUGUUGGUCAUUACAUUUGAAAUGGAAGCACUUAAAAUGGGUUUGGGGUUUCUGUGAGUUGCUGAUUUCUAAACUCUUGACAAAUGUUCAAAAAAAUGCCAUUUGCAUAGAAUAAUUAUCCCCACAUAUCUGUUAAACCUGACAGCAUGGACACAAUACCAUCACCAUCAGGUGACAUUGUUUUUGUGGGGGGGGGUCUCUUCACAGCGAUGGGGGAUUCUCUAUGAAUGGUCUAUGUCCUGCCUUGAAGUACGCUUUUUAUUUAAACUCUCAGUGUUACACCUCCCACAUGAAGAGGAUAUGUGUUGUACCACCCUGCAUGUGGAAAAUGGACCUUAGGAGUCAAUUUUCUCAUCACUACUAUGGUUUGAUUUUCAAGUUACAACAAUGCUUUACAUAACAGAAUUUUCUUAAUUAAAAUAUUUGAUGCUAAUUUAACUGUUAUUAACAAGUAAUUGAAAUGAGCCAGUAUGAACCAUUUAUUUCCACAUUCCAGAUUUAUAUUUAUAGUAUAGACUAGCAAAUUAUCCCUUUUAUUUGUGGGGUUAAAAUAGCAGACAAGAAGAAACUCCACUUGGACACCAGGAGAAUAAUUUUACAAUCCAAAGAGACUGUGACAGAUUGACAGGACAGAACUUGAGAGCAUGGAACUGUAAGACAGAAAUCUUAUCCAUUUAUUCACUAUGGGGCAGAGUACCAAGGAUUAGUCUAGAUAAAAUCACCUAGCAGAUCUAGGAGUCUCUCUGUCUUUGAUACUCUCCCUGUGGGAGGAAUAAAGAUGCCUUUUUGGAGUUUCAAGUAGUUUAUUCAGUUAUUUAAGUAGGUUGAUGGAUGAGGGAGGGUACCAGAGAGAGGGGAAGAUAGUUUCCUAGAUCUGCUAGCUAAAUGAUUUUAUCUGGCCUUGGUACUCUGUUUCUUGUUAGUCCUGUCACCCUCUGAAUCACAGGUGGGAUACCAGACUAUACUCAAGCCCUCUGGAUUACCUCUGUUUUCACUUAUCCACUAUAGCAGGCAAAGUAUAUUUGUGAGGUUCAAAAUUCUAUAUAAUCCCUUCAGUUAUGACAGGUUUCCCAUUAAAAUGUAUCUGAAUAGCAGACUCUCUUUUAGUAUACUGAUGCUCUUAUUAAAGUCAGUAUAUCUAAUGAUAUUGUAACUCAUUUAAUGUGUAUGUAAUAAAUGAGAUUGUAUACUAUGACUGAUACAGGUUUCAUAGACACACACAUCAUACUUUAAAAUGUUUGAUUUCAUACAUUAAUUAUCCGUUUACUUCAUCGCUGGUAUUGCUAAUCCAUUCAUGCAAAAUAUUAGAGGUUUCCUCCUCUCCCUAACACUGAA